AUGCGACUCUCAAACUUUGCGCGCCUAGAGCGCCGGAAACGUCAAUGUCGCCUGCCGUUCAGGCCUCUGGAAACUAGUUCGCAUCCUAUGGGACAAACAACUGAAGAUUACCAAGCGAAAAAUUCCGCAUUUGAAAAUCAGAUUGAAACCCAACCCGAGGUUAUCGACGAGAAGCCUAAGUCGCCAAAGAUAAGACCACCCUCCACUGAUACGCCAAAUAAACCACAAAUUGAGGCUUCCCGUUUAGGAGGCAGGCAAGAGAAUCCAAACAAGGAAUCUGAUCCUUUUCACAUCAGAAGCAGAGAAAAAUCAAUUCUACAUCCUCGUUUCCGUUGUGCAGUCAAGGAUUUAAGAUGGAAGAGCUCAUGUACGGAGCCCGACUCAUCGGGGGGUUCAGAGGCCGAGAGUGAUGGUGCUGGAUAUUUGCAUAAGCGAAAACCAAAAGCUCAAAUAACAUCAGUAAUAGACAUCAGCGAAAAAAUUGAGCCAGACAUCGACCAUCGUCUCUCUGCGAAUCAGAAAUUACAUGCCCACUACUCUCCAGAAGCCAGAAACUCGACGUCUCUCGUGAGUACAAACAAUGCACCACUCAUUCAGCCCUUUAUCAACGAAAACAAGAUCAAAAAGUUCAGUCCCAACAUCAUGAAAAACUCAUCUUCUACUCGAAGUAUGAACAUGAAAAAAGACCAAUCUGAUGAUAAUGAUUUCCAUCACGACAAUAUUGUGCCAACGAGAAAAAUACCCGCGCAAUACUCCCAAGAUAAAUCUCUUUCAGAAGAGUCCGAGGAAGAUGUUCAAUCGUCACCGCUCAAACGUCGGCGACUACCUGUUACUGACAAAACAAACAAAAAUCUCUACUUAAAUUCAAAAACUCAACAAAAUUUGCCGGAAAAGACAAGAUGUUCAGAUGACUCGGACAGUCUUAUUUCGCCUACAAAAAGGCUCCGCUCAGGUGAGAAGGAAUUUAAUAAAAAUUUACAUGGCUAUAAUUCGCCCUCGGAAUCAGCCAGGACUUCAUCGUCAAAGCGCUACACUCGGCAGAUGAAAACCAGGAGCCACCGAACCGAAAAGGAGAAAGCAUUGGAACUAAUGAGACGUAAACGUGCUGGUGAGCGUCUCGAAAAGCUAUCCAGCUCAGAAUCAAGCGACGAGCUUGAGUAUGAAUUCCAGACCUUAUCAGAUUUUGAGGAUGAUGAGAUAACUAAGCAUGAACGACUAAACUAUCAAGACAAUGAAGAUUCAGAAGAUACUGCUGACUCGUUCGAAUUCAUACUUGAAGAUGAUGAAGGCUUAUUAGGUGUUCCAGACUAUUCAGCUUUGAUCCCGAUUCAAUUCACCCAUGCAGCCCAUAAGCCGCUCAAAGAACAUUUUCGCGAUGUCAUAGAAUGGAUGGUGAAAAACAAAAUAUUCCCCGAUUUCGCCCGCGAAGAUGAAAUAUAUCUACAGGCAUUCAGAAGACUGGACGAUAUCUGUCAGGGACUCGCGAAAAGCAAGUUUAUAUCUACGCAAUGGACUCAAGAAUUUUUAGCAGCAAUUUGGAGCCGUCCAUACUUUACUUCAGGGCCCCUCACUAGGAGAAAGGUUAAAACUAGAGAGAAAAUUCUGACAAAAUGUGACGCGUGUAAUCAUCGAAAACAUGCCCCCUCAUCAUUUAUUCGGCUUCAUGGAAUGUUAUAUGACAAAAAAACUUUGAAUAAACCGAACUGUAACCGCGCUGCCUUGUCCUUUGGGCCAGGUGUUGAAAACCUUGACUCAAGUGGCGAAGGAUCUCCGAUUCAUUCAAAUUCAAUAGAAUCAAAGAGGUGGCUUGUAGGAAAUAUUUGCAAAAAAAAUGCAGAAUACUCCCAUCGGCUCAUACAUUGGAAAUUUGCACUAAACGAGUGGGUAAAUCAUGCUCUUAAUCAAGAAGAACUUCUCACCAGCCAAAAGGUUGGGAACUGGGAACGAAUGGAAACUCGACAGAUAGAUCAACUCGCUAAUGAAAUAGUCGAUACCUGGGAAAAAAGAGGGAUUAUUAAGUCUCUAUAUCAGGACUGGAAAAAUCAGCGCACUGCAGCCACAGAGAUAAUGUUGACACAGGAUAGAUGGAAGUAA